CCCAAUCGUCUUUAUCUCUAUUCUCGGUCUCAACUCUGAACUUACCCCCCUCUCUCUCUGGAACUCCCCAAUCGCCUCAAUCUCUCUCUCUGCAACUCCCCAAUUACCUCCAUCUCUAUUCUCGGUCUCAACUCUGAACUUGCGCCCCCCUCUUUCUCUACAACUCCCUAAUCGUGAUGAUACGUGCCCCUCCUCCUCAACCACCCCUCUCUCUUAGCAACUCUGCCUCCAAUCUCUCUAUCACUUUUCUCACUUUCUCUCUCUACGUACCUAUACCAUACCAGUCUUGAUUGAUCAGAAUGGUGAAGCUUGUAUUGGCCCGGGAGAGUCGGAUAUACGGACCCCAGCUGGCUCGAAACCGGUUCAAGUACAUGAACGCCGGCCUAUACUGUGGCUUCGCGGCUCAGCUCUCCAGCGAGCCGAAAUCGGGUUUGGUUCUUCUACUUAUAGGCUUAGCCUUCAUAAUCUUUGUGAACGUUCAUGAUCUCCUUGCUCAUCUCACCGGCAUCAAUUACCGGUUGCCGUUGAUGGAAUUCAACGUCCAACUCGGCCUCGUCGAGUUCGCCGUCCCCGUGGUUCAGAUUACAGCUACACUUCUCUAUUUCUUAGGGAUUCUUUUUAUUUUCAUUCAGGCAAUUGACACGAUUAUUUCUUUGUACGAGAAUAGUUUUCCUAUGAGAUUUGGGGUGAUAUUGUACUCAACAAAGUUUAUCAAGAAGAUUGAAUCGAACAGUGAAGAACUCUUAUUAGAUCCUGUGGAAAAUGACAGUGGGACAGAGGAAGAUGUGUCCAGUUUGGGUAAUUCAAAUCAAAUGGGCAAGAAGAGUUGUUAAAGUUGAAGUUGAAGCUGAAGAUGGGGUUGUGGCUGUGCUUUCAGCAUUUCCUUUGCCUUGGAUGGAUUCUUUUUAAAAAACUUGUACUACAUUUGUCAAAAAUUCUUAAUUCUUUUUUUGUCACAUUUAGUAGAUCUAGACAAUUUGGAUGGUAUUUUCAUAUUGGCAGGUUAACUUGUGGUUGUAUUAGUAGACAUUUUUUGAGUUUUGGUUGACAUUUACCAGCUUUAUCUAUUAGUAAACAAUUUCAAUGGUAUUUUUCAUAUUGGCAGCAGGUUAACUUAUGGUUGUAAUAUGUAAAAACAAUUUGGAUGGUACUUUUAUAUUGCCAACUUGUGUUAUAUUGGA